AUGGCCUACAGUUGCUGCUCUGGAGCCUUCUCCUCCUGCUCCCUUAGGCGCUGUCUGCCCUCUUCAGGUUCUUCCUACCCCAGCAACCUGGUCUACACCACUACCAGUUGCUCUCCCAGCCCCUGCCAGGUGGGAUCCUCUCUGAACACCGGCUGUCAGGAGACCUGCAUUGGGCCCACCAGCUGCCAGAGGUCCUGCGUGGUGUCCAGACCCUGCCAGGUGGAAUCUUCUCUGAACACUGGCUGUCAGGAGACCCGUAUGGAGCCCAUCAGUUGCCAGAGGUCCUGCGUGGUGUCCAGGCCCUGCCAUAUGCCCUGCUACUACCCGAAGAGCUCCACACUUUGCAAUCCCUGCCAGGGAACGUCUGCUGGGUCUCUGGGCUUAUGGUGCAGCAGCUGCCAAUCCCUGGGCUGUGGAUCUAGAAGCUGCUACUCAGGGGGCUGUGGAUCCAGUGGCUUUAGAUCUAUGGCUUACAGACUCUAUGACUUCCCUUCCCUGAGUGAUGGGUCCAAAAUCUAUUACCCAACCUACUUGGCUGCUAGUUCCUGCCACUCUUUUUGUUAG